AGAGCAGGUCUGGCUGGGAAACAAGUCUUUUUCUGGCGUCUAUGUCCCAUGAGACCUUAACUUCUCUGAUUGGGCAGAGAGAGCAAGGCUUCCAUGGAGCAAGGCUUCUGUGGAGAACACUGGAGGACAAGAGGGGAAAGGAGAGCAUUGAGCUCAGCCUGCUGCAAAAGGCAAAGACGGGAGGAGGGAGCCCACCCUUCUUGAACUUGUCUUCUCUAUAAGGCAUUGCCUGUUUUAGCAUCUCCUGGCCUCCUGACACUCUGCUUCGUGUGAGAGGCAACAGUGUCAGGGAUGUAAAGUCACACAGCAUGAAAGAUGGAGCCUGGCUUGGAGCUCAGGUCAGAUGAUCACUAAGUAACUCUUGUUUCUACUGCAUUUUUCAGUGAUACAUGGUCAAGGUCAGUCCCUAGACACUUGGCUUACGGUCUGCUAUCUAGAAAGUCCAUAGGAGGUCACUUAUCUUUCCUGGGCUCAAAGCAGAGGCAUUUAAAUGUCUAACUUUGGGUCAUUUGGGAAGGGGUUCAUCCUCAGGUAUCCUCUGGCUCCACAAGGAGUGUGAGCUGUUCUCAAAAGUGAAGGUUGAUCUUGUAGGAUGAGAGGAGCUGGUUCUGCCGCAUGACUGUCCUAAGCAGUGGCACCCUCCCUUUCAAGGUACACAAGGAAGUUUUUUCUCUCCAUCUGCAGGUGGAUGGUAUCCUGUGCUUGGCCGACAUCUUGACUGAUGACAGCCACUCAGAGGCCACUCGAGCUGAGGCUGCAGCUGUGGUGGCCCAAGUUACCUCCCCACAUCUAUCCUUCACCCAGCACCUCACUAGCUUCCUGGAAAACAUGGAGGAGAUUGUGACGGCCCUCAUCAAACUGUGCCAAGAGGCCUCAUCGGGGGAAGUCUUCUUGUUGGCCUCUGCGGCCCUUGCCAACAUCACCUUCUUUGACAAAAUGGCCUGUGAGAUGCUUCUACAGUUGAAUGCCAUCCGUGUCCUCCUGGAAGCCUGCAGUGAUAAACAGAGAGUGGACACACCUUAUACUCGGGACCAGAUUGUGACCAUCUUGGCAAACAUGUCUGUGCUGGAGCAGUGUGCCUCCGACAUCAUUCAGGAGAAUGGUGUCCAGCUCAUCAUGGGCAUGCUGUCUGAGAAGCCAAGGUCUGGGACUGCUGCUGAAGUGGCAGCCUGUGAAAGGGUACAGCAGAAGGCUGCAGUGACGCUGGCCCGCCUCUGCCGAGACCCGGAUGUAGCCCAGGAGGCCGUGCGGCUCAGCUGUAUGUCUCGCCUCAUUGAGCUCUGCAGAUCCCCAUCUGAGAGGAACAGCAGUGAUGCUGUACUCGUGGCGUGCCUGGCUGCCCUGCGUCGGUUGGCCGGGGUCUGCCCAGAAGGCCUCCAGGACUCUGACUUCCAGCAGCUGGUCCAGCCUCGGCUUGUGGAUUCCUUCUUGCUGUGUAGCAACAUGGAAGAGAGUUUUGUGUAGUGAGGGUGGGAAAGGAGGCACACUAUGCACACUUCUCAGAACACACCAGCUGUCCCCACCUCCUUAUUUAUAUGUAAUUUAUUUUUUUACAUGAAAUAGAAAGGGAAAAUGGAUGGUUCUCAGGAAUCGUUUUGCUUUUUUUUUCCUUUUGGCUUCUGUGGCUGUGCAGAUGUUAACGCUAACAUAACAGGAUGUCACAGGUGAUUUCCCACCAUAAUGCUUUUCCUCUUUUCAGCAUAUACUCUUGCCUAUUUAAAAAGGAAAAAAAAAUAACUUUGAACCAGGGUAUUUUAACUGCCCAGCAUUUUUUAAAAAUUAGUUUUACUCUUUUCAGAAUUUCACAGUUGGACAGAUGUACUGUAAGGAAAUGU